CGAGCAGCUGUCGAGUGGACACGAACGUUCGCAUCAUGUUUCACAAAUAUACGUUUUUGUUGUUCGCACUUUACUGUUUGUGUAGCGACGGUGUUUUAUCAAAUAGUCUACUAGCCCCAUGCAAAAUCGAAGAUGCUGCAUGCAUUCAAAAAUCGGUGCAGGCUGCAGCACCAAAAAUAAUCACGGGCAUUCCGGAACUAGGAAUAGAGAGUUCGGACCCUCUGUUCCUUGAAAGGAUCGAAGGAGACCUGUCAAUCCUGAAAUAUAAAUUCUUUAAUACUACUAUUACUGGUUACAAGGACUGCCAAAUUAGCAAUAUUAUAAUAAGUCCGGAUCUCACAAACGUACACUUUGAGCUCAACUGUCCGACACUGAAGAUGAGCGGACUAUACGACAUCAACGGACGCCUCAUUAUAUUACCCGUGGAGGGCAAUGGGGACUUCUUUCUUACUACAGGCAAAUACAACAUUCUUGUUGACUCGGAGUUAAAGAUACAGCCCGGUACAGAUGGAAAGUCGCACUUGUCUAUCAAAAACUUUAAAUUGAAAUGCACUGCAAAGUCGCCCAUCAUAUUCGACUUCAGGAACCUUUUCAACGGACAAAAGGAUUUAUCGGACGCAGUGCACAAAUUCGCGAAUGAGUCCUGGGACGAAGUUUCCAAGCUAGUUCAAGACCCAGUUUUCUACGCCUGCAUGAACAAAAUCAUAAAGCACGUCAACAAAUACCUUAAAACUGUACCACUAGAGGACUUUAAACUCAACUAAAGAACUUCAGACAAUCGAAAACAAAAUUUCAAUUUCUUACUCAUUUAUUUCAGUGAAUGAAAAACUCUUCUUCUGGCGCACGGGUUCUUAUAUUUAGUUAAAUGUUAGCUUAAUUCUGCGUUAUACCGCUACUGAAUAGAUUUCCGCCGAAAGCCGACGAUAGAAACGGUAGUUUGGACUUCUGACUAUUGUCUCGCAGCACAAAACAAGGAGAGAUAGAAGCUGAAAUUAGGUGAUUUUUUGUCGGAGUUUGGACGACUACUUUAAGACUAAGAGUCCCGAAUGGGCAUUAAAACUAGUCUAGCUAUCUGCGACAAAAUUCACGUAGGCUCCACCCUUAAUUACAUAUAUUAUGAAAAUUUAGCUUAAUUUGCUAUUCUCCGCAAAAAAUAGGAGAAUCUGUAUGGUGUAUUUUAUUAUUUCUUCCAUCUUAAUACUCCAAAGUCCACACCAAACAGAUCUUUGGCAAUGUAUCUACGCACGUUUCGCUCCGAAACCAGAGCAUUCUCAGGAGCUUAAUUUGCUUACUUAGCAAAAUUAAGCUUAAUUUUUAUAAUACGAAAUUCCAUUAUAGACAUUCUGAAAAGUAACGCCUGCUUCUAUCCAAUUGUCAAUUAGGUACACAUUCAAAAUAAACUGUAAUAGUUUAAUUUCUUAAGAAUAAAGUGAAAAAUUAUUCUCAAAUUUAGUUCAGCAUACUUCAGAAGUUAGGCGGCUCGUAAAUAGGUUUCGGCCGGAAAAGAUGAUAAAAUCCGACCAAUAAUUUGAUUAGGCAUCAAUAUAAUAUGCUAAUUGCAGCGAUGAUAAUAUACUACGAUGUAUUGCGAUAAUUUGUCCGGUGUAGGUGAUAAUGGUGAUAUAUAUUAAAAGUGUGAUAGGGUGGUAUAUAUCAACGACCCAAAGACAAUUAAAGCAAUGUGAUACAGAUUUAUAUAUAUUACUUUUAUAUCUAAAUAUAGUAAAAUGUAUUUUCAUUACAACCAAAUAAUAAAAUGAUA